GAGACACAACAAAAAGGAACGCCAAAGAAACAGUUAUAUUUUACAGUUGCAGUUUCGCUAGUAGUGGUCUCGUUAUUACCUUAUUUUUUCUUAUUCCAUUACACUUUUCGGUGUUUCUGUAUGCGGAGUUCAUGUAAAAAAGAGAAGCAAACAACGACAAUCCAAAUCCUCCGGGUGUAAGGCAAUAUUUCAGCUGUCAUGCCAUUUCAGCCAUUGGGAUGCGAGAGGAACGUAGCGAUUCGUGAGAGCAAAAUGGAACACACAUGAAAAGAGUACGGUUUUCUCGGUGCUGCCAUUCUUGUUUCGCUCGCGCCGCCCGCAGUUAGUGUUUUGUUGUUGGUCGCGCGAGUUAAAAAUUUACCGUUUUCGUUGCCAUUAUUUAAUGUCGUACAUAUUAGCUGUAUUGCUUCUACAAGGUCACUCUAUAUAACAUUGCGUAUGCGUGUGUGUAACCAUUCAGGGUGGACCUCAACCAGCGUCCAUUAGGCUGGACCAAGAGCAGUCAAAAUAAAUAAUAAAUUCCACAGAAAAUUAUCGAUGAAUAAUAAUAAAAAUUUAUUAAUAAAUUUCAACUACCAUGAAUGUUGUGUCCAGAAGCAGCCUUUGGCGUAUGGCCAAGCGGGAGAGCGAGAAGGCUAAUCCUUCACAAUCAAUGGAUGAUUAUGACGAUAUGUUUGAGCCCAAUUACCAAGAUAUUCCAAACAGCACUAAUCAUAAAUCUGUUGAAUCAAAGGCGGGCUUUUCUAAAAAUUUGAAUAAUUUAAACAAAAACAGCGGCUUAAGUCAGACUCAGUUCGCUGAACUCGCAAAGGCUCUCACCUCUGAAAAUGAAAGCUUUUCCCGAAUGGAGGAGAGAAUGGAUAAGAUGGAAGCUCAGCUUAUCAAGCUGAUCGAAACAAGUACCAAAUAAUGACUUCGGUGAGGAAGCUGACUGAGCGUCGAGGACCACCGAAAACAGAUUUUCCCUGCAAAAGCAUCGGGGAACUCGAUGAAAUCGAAGCAAAGGUAGCCGCAGAUCAAUCUAAAUAUAUUGAACUGUUCCGGGCAAUGCUGGCCCCUGAGGGUGUUUCAAAGAACCUAAAUAGAAUUCUUACAACAACAGUAUUGAUGGAAAUGAACUAUGGAGGAACGUGCUCUAAAAAAGGCCUGACUUCAUAUGUUAACCUAAACAAUGCGAUAUAUGAGUCACAGCGAGCUGAUGGUUACACCUGGGGGGACUACGCCAAGGAUGUCCGCACAGCUUUUUCGAAAUUGAAAAAUAGAAUAUAUAAGGCUACUAGUAAAAGUAAAAAGCGACGUAGAGCGGCAAUGGGCGACGACUGUGAUACCGAUAACUUUAAAAUGGAAACGAACUCGUAACAUUCAACUUAUUCAACUUAUUAUUAUUAAAUUUGUUUGAGUUUCUUCACGCUACUGAAACAGUGUUCGCAUGAAUCUAUGUACAUAUGUCAAAAUACAAAGUGUACCACAA